CGACAGCGCGGCGGAGCUUUGAAUUUUCGCGGCUCUGGACAGCCUCAAGACCAUAGGUACCAUAGCUAAAAUCAGACCGUAACCCAAGGCCGUUCGUUGUAUUGCAGAAGCACGCAAUGGCGACCUCUCGGUCAAUGUCGCCCGGAGGGGCACUGCUCCGGUCGUCGAGGAUGUUUUCCCUCCCACCUCCUGUCCCGGCACAGGUCAACAAUAUUGUCAACUCGAGUGUGAACCGCUCCGACUCGGCGACAUUGCCGUACCCGACGCAUCAGUCCAUCACCACGCCAUCGGCAGCACGCAGACAGGGCGAUUGGGGCUUCAAGCGUCCGUUUCCUCUCAAGUCGACCACCAAGUCUACUACGCCGCUCAUCCGCGUCAAGGCAGUCGACACCAUCGAGCAUGUGACCGACUUCGCUUCCUCCGCCGACCACACGCUGUCACUCGAAAAGUUCCAAGAGAUGAACAUCCCGGUUGUCAUGCCGCCGUUCUAUGACCCCUCAAACCCAUCGAGCCAGGUCCCGGAGAGCAUGCCGAGGAAGUCCGUCUUUGAGGAGUCCCACGACAUCACCGACAUUGCCCCUGAAAAGAAGCACACCAUGAGCGCCUACCGCUGGCAUUUCGACGGCCCAUGGCUGGCGGGCAUGUCGGAGGGGGAGUUCAACAAGUACCUCCAAGCCAAGGUCAAGCCCAGACGAGCCGAGUUUCGCCAGUGGCUAAAGGGCAUCGUGGCCGAGGAGAUGAACCAGCGGGCCAUCGCCGAGUCGAUGGAUAAGGGCGAUGGAGGUGAACACGUUCAGCUAACGGCGGCAGAUGUCACCGAUGAGCACCUCACAAACAGGUUACGUGAGCUGCGUGCGGAUCGCGUAGACUUAUACAAACUCGUUGGCCGUUUCUUGGAUCUCGCGCCAAUUGCGCCCAAGAGGGUCCCGAUUCCCGAAGUACCAGGCGACAUGAGGUUCAAUCUCAGCAAGCCUGCGCCCAUGAAUCCCUACGCAGAGGCAGGCCCGCCAGUCACGCAUCCUUCCGCUGGUAUAUCGUACCUGCGCACCGGGUCGUUCGUGGAGAACCACCCGCUGUAUGGCCCGCAGCAGUCGCGCAGGCACGUGGCUGGCAGGGUUUUGUUGAGCAAUUCCAGCUUCGGCCAGUCCAUGGGCACCAACGUCAACGUCAACAUCGGUCUGGGUGGCUUCGUCACCAAGCCUCCGACUGGCGACAGUUUCUGGAACAACAAGACGGCCCGCAACAGAUUUGACCCGGCGCAACGCGGCGGCGAGAAGCAGUAUGUGGAGCCCCUCCUUGCCGUUGUUGAUUCCAGGGGCAAUGUCAGGGUCACGGCCAAGGCUUCACACCCUGAAGGUGUUGCUGUCGCAAAGGAGCUCGACGGAGUUCGAGUGGGUGGAAAGCAAGCCGAGCCGGAGUCGUCGUUUGCGCCGGCCCAGAGUCGGAAGACUGGGAAUGAACUUUACGGUGACUCGGGCUCAUAUGGUUUUAAGGCAUGAGAGUCAUUCUGGCGACCACCACGAAUCCCUGGCCAAGGGCGUCUGUGAGGAUAUUUUCAGCAUGGAAGCUGGAUAUAGUCCAAGGCCCAUGUUCUUUUUUUGUGCAUCGUUUGUUGGUCUUCAUGACCGAAAAUGUAGAUCUAGACUGUCAUUUUGUACAAAUGUAAAACAGAUUCAACAGCCAAAGACUACGCAAUGGGCUUCGAGUCAAGAUUCCGAUAAGCUAUGUUCUACAAAGGUCAGAUUGUGACCUGGAGUCAGCGCAACUAUUUGAAUGCUGCGUACUUGUGUGUAGACAAGUACUUUAUUUGACCAAAUGACAGCCACAACUCUUUCUGGACAGUAGCUUUCGACUGAUAACAUCUCACUCCUACAUUCGACUAUAUCCC